AUGGCCCAUUUGAAAACCUACAAAUACCAAAGCGUGGACAAAUCUUUCGUUUCCAACUAUAUCCUUCGACACUAUGUGGGUCUUCCCGGGUUUCUGUCGGGCCCUGGACGCAACCAACUCACGUUUUCUCAGUGGAAUGCCGCGGUCAAGCUGCUGCCCAUGUGGCUAGCUCCCAACAUGGUUACGCUCUUGGGAUUUUUCUGCAUCUUGAUCAACAUUCUGUUCCUGCAGAUCUUCAUACCCGAUCUCGUCGGCCCCGGUCCAACAUGGCUGUACUACAGCUUCGCACUGGGUCUAUGGAUGUACUCGACGAUGGACAACAUCGACGGCAAACAGGCGCGGCGGACAGGCACUUCCAGUGGACUCGGAGAGCUUUUCGACCACGGCAUUGACUCCUUGAACUGCACCCUCGGAAGUCUCUGCGAAACGGCCGCCAUGGGGCUGGGUCCUAGCAAAACUGGCGCCUUCACCGCUCUCGUCCCUUGUCUGCCCAUGUUUUUUUCGACCUGGGAGACGUACCACACUCAUACACUUUACCUGGGUGCCUUCAACGGGCCGACCGAAGGACUCAUCCUAGCAUGCUCCGUGAUGGUCAUCUCCGGCUACCUCGGACCUCAGAUCUGGCGAUACCGUGUCGCCGACUAUGUAGGAUACGAGGGGAUUUUGGAGGACCUGACCUUCCGCGACUUCUGGGUCCCCAUUAUCCUCUUGGCCUUCUUCACCGCCCACCUCCCUGCAUGCAUCUACCACGUCGCCCAGGCGAGGCAACGCAACAAUCUGCCCAUCUGGCCCGUCUUCUUCGAAUGGAUUCCCAUGAUCGUCUUCACCGGCUCGUGCGCCGCGUGGGUCGGAUCCCCAUACUCGAUUCUCCUCCGCGAGAACCACCUGGUCAUCUUCUGCUUGACCAUGUCCUUCGUCUUCGGCCGGCUGACGACGAAAAUCAUCCUGCACCACUUGACCCGCCAGCCGUUUCCAUACUUUACCGUCUCUCUUGUCCCACUGACUGUCGGCGGCAUUAUGGCUUGGCUACCCUAUUUCGGCUUCGACUCUGUCCCCGCGACUUUUGAAAGAUGGUACAUUUACAGCUACUUCGCUUUCGCCAUGACGCAAUACUUCGUCUGGGCCGUGCGUGUGAUCAAUCGCAUCUGCAAGAUCUUAGACAUCAACUGCCUGACCAUCAAGAAAAAGAAGACCGAUCCAAAAGAGGCCUCCCCCUUCGCGAAAGAGUCGAAAUCUACACCUAAUGGCGACGUCCGGACGACCAAGAAAGAGCUCUAG